UAACAUUCGAGAAUGGGACAUGGAAUGAGGGGACGGCCGCCGCAGCCCCAGCAGUGGCAGCCCAGGGCCGGGCAGCAGCAACCCUCGCCGCCCGCAAUCCCCGGAGAGGCUCGACCGCAAUGAAGCGCGCUGCCCGCAGGCCCGGCCCGUGAGCGGGAGCCCUCCGCGCUCCCUCUCUGCGCGUCCUGCGGCACCAGCGGCAUGGAGAAGGCCACGCGCGCAGGGCGCUGAUCCUUGCGCCCCCGCCCCGCACCCCCGCCCGCCAUGACCGGCUCGGCGGCGGACACUCACCGCUGCCCCCACCCUAAAGGCGCCAAAGGCACCCGGUCCCGGAGCAGCCACGCGCGCCCGGUGAGCCUCGCCACCAGCGGGGGCUCCGAAGAGGAGGACAAAGACGGCGGGGUGCUGUUCCACGUGAACAAGAGCGGCUUUCCCAUGGACAGCCACACCUGGGAACGCAUGUGGAUGCACGUGGCCAAGGUGCACCCGAAGGGCGGAGAGAUGGUGGGGGCCAUCAGGAACGCGGCCUUCCUGGCAAAGCCUUCAAUUCCCCAGGUCCCAAAUUAUAGGCUGUCCAUGACGAUCCCGGACUGGCUCCAGGCGAUCCAGAAUUACAUGAAGACACUACAAUAUAAUCACACAGGGACCCAGUUCUUUGAAAUUAGGAAAAUGAGACCACUGAGCGGGUUAAUGGAAACAGCGAAGGAAAUGACCCGAGAGUCCUUGCCAAUCAAAUGCCUUGAAGCUGUCAUCCUGGGCAUAUACUUAACCAAUGGGCAGCCUUCCAUUGAGCGAUUCCCCAUCAGCUUUAAAACCUACUUCUCAGGAAAUUACUUUCACCAUGUUGUGCUGGGAAUAUACUGCAAUGGCCGCUACGGCUCCCUGGGCAUGAGCCGAAGGGCUGAGCUGAUGGACAAGCCCCUGACCUUUCGGACUCUGAGUGACCUUGUCUUUGACUUUGAAGACUCCUACAAGAAGUACCUGCACACGGUCAAGAAGGUCAAGAUUGGGCUGUACGUCCCCCACGAGCCUCAUAGCUUCCAGCCCAUUGAGUGGAAGCAGCUGGUCCUCAACGUCUCAAAGAUGUUGAGGGCCGACAUAAGGAAGGAGCUGGAGAAGUACGCCAGGGACAUGAGGAUGAAGAUCUUGAAGCCUGCAAGUUCCCACUCUCCGACCCAGGUGAGAAGCCGGGGGAAAUCCCUGUCACCCCGAAGGAGACCAGCAAGUCCCCUGAGGAGGCUCGGCAGGCAAGACAAGUCGCCUGCCCUGCCUGAGAAGAAGGCAGUGGAUCUCAGCACCCUGAAUGAAGUGGGCUAUCAGAUCCGAAUCUAGCCAAGCUCUGGCGGCCAGCAAGAGGGUUUUGUGGUGCUUCACUCUGCACUUUACCCAGCAUCUUCAGGAGGAACUGCAAUUAUUUAUUAAGAACUUGUGAAUUUUAUUUCUAAGGAUUCACCUGGAAAUAGAAUCUGAGUGGAUGGGAACAAUUAGCUUUAAAAAAACUCCCACAGAGGCACCCAUGAAAAGGCUAAAGAAACCCCACCGGGGUUGGACUGUCUCCCUCCCUCACGAUCUCAAGGAUAACAAACAUGAACUGUAGUUUUAUACUUCUCCAUUUACUUUGUUUUGCUGGCUUUGAACAUUAUGCCUCACCAGUAGCGAAUGUCAUGAAGUCCCCUCCCCCACUUUUGGUAUAGUAAGAUCACUCAGUCAGUAUUAGUCUCUUUCAGCAAUAACAGAAGCAAGGAUGGGUGGGUUUUUUUUAAGCAGUUAAUAUUACCUCAGCAUUUUUACAUCAGAUAUGCAAACUUAAUGAAGUUUUGGUUUUUUAUAUUCUAUUUGUAUUGUUUCCCCACUGUUUCCCAUGGGAAUUUCUACACGUUUGGAAUUUCUUCCUGGUGCACACGUGAUGAGAUUUAAGGUAUUAUAUGCAAGUGUUUUACAAAAAAGCACUACAAUUCUUCUGGCAAUACGGGAAACCAUUUUUAGGAUCUUGGAGUUUCUUCUUAAUCUUUCUGAAAGCAUCCACUGGUGGCAAUUUCUGUUCUUACAAAACAAGCACAUUUGGAAGUUAGUCUUGUUCUGUCAUUAGCAUUUGAACUUUGCAGAGUCCAGCAGAAAGCACAAGAGGUCAUGUGCUUAACACAGGCUCAGCAGCGUCGCGAUUACCUCAGACGUAGCACACUCAGAAAGGCAGAGACCAGGAGCGAACCAGCGGGUCUUGAGCACUAGUAACCUUUCUGUUCACACGUCAUCUGACUUUUAAACUCGAGUCAGGCUCUGAUUCUCAAGGACUUGCUCUCAUUAAACACGUGUUCCGAUGUCUUAUAUUAAGGCAUAAUGAGAUACAUGAUUAUUUUCCAGUUCCGUGCUUUCAGGUGUCACACUUCAGAACAUUUAGGAAGUACAAAAUAUGUUAGAGAAACAGAACUUUUUUUAAAAGGGAAGUCUUCUUGUACAAGGCUACAUCUUGUGUGCUCCGUCCACGAGGCUGCACAUCUAGGUUAUGGGACAGCUUCUAAGGUCGUGCACAGUCUGUGUGUUCCAAAUAGCAAGAGCAGAGCUUCUGUUUCAUUUGUUUCUAUCUCAGCAGCCACGCCAACUCGUGAGACCAAAGGACAGACUUAAGUGAAGUGUGCUAGCGCACAGGUGUUAUUUCAAUUCUCCGACUGAGGAUGGAAGUAAUGAAAAAGGAAAGUAACGAAAAAGUGAGGAAACUGCUUUCUGACAGUCUGGAGGUGAUGGGAAAGCAAAAGAGCUUCACCCUUCAGUUGUGUGCGCAAGAGCUCACUUUACUGUAAAAAGCAGCGUUAUUAACGAAAGUACUGUUUUCCUGUCGAAGGAAGCCAUAUGUCUCAUUUAGACUAAAAUACAACUUAAGUUAAAAAUUCUAAACUUAAUCACUUUCCUCAAGUGUAGUACUGUCAGUUAGUUUAAAAUUGUUAGGGUUACAGAUGUGGCUCAGUAGCACAGCUCAUGCUUAGCCCGCGCAAGGUCCUAGGUUCCAUCACCAGCACCAAAGUCACCUUCAUCUGUCUCCACACGCUAUACCCAUGUGUGGCCGCACAGCCGCAUGUACUGAGGUUUUUGAAAUGGCAGUGCAUCAUUUCUCACUCUGAAACAAUACUGACUUAAUCAUGUAUGUUCUUUUUAUCCACCUGAAACUUUAUUAUAUGAAUAUUAGACUACUUAAAACACUGCAGCCAUUCACAGAGCUUGGAGUACCAUUUGCCAAGCAUUACUUAAGGACCACCCCAUCACCGACACAGAAAGUCAACUAGUUGCAUGGCUUCUUGUUUCCUACAAGAAAAAAAGGAUAGGAAUAUAAAGUGGUUGCUGAUAUGCUGACAUAUGAGCCUUAAAAUUGCCAACUGGCCUAAUGAUUUCAUUAGUAACCUAAUUUCCUCCACAUGCCUUGAUUUUUAGAUUUGUGUUCCCAAAUCAAGGGUUAGUCCCAGAAACAUGAAAAUUCAUUUAAAAUGUUCUGAAAAAUUCUAUUUCUACUGCCUAUAGAAUAUUGAUUUCUGUAACUAUAGGGAAGUCACCAAACUCCUAAAUUCUAUUGGCAAUAAUACAAUUAAUAAAAAAACUCCAACAACCCCAAGAUGACCCAACUAAAUAACAAAACCAACAUAUUUCACUUCCCAAAACUGAUUUUAAGAUUGGCUGUAAUUCAAAAGAUAAAAAAAAAAAACAAACACUGAGAUAAUCUGGAAUCUUUUUUUAAAAAAGUAAUUAUGCAAGAGAAAUUUUAUGGUGAAGCCAACACUGGCAAUGUAUGCAAAGUUUAAAUGAAUGACAGAAAUCUUGAUUUGAGACUAAUUGUGCUAAUUUGAGUACACUUCAUUUCAGAAAGUGGUAUUUAGUAUUUUCUAUAUAUACUGAAAUCAUGAACAUUUCACUUUUUCUAUGUCAAUUAUUUCAUAAGGUUUUUAUUAAUUGAUAUUGGUAAACAGAACUUUGGAAAUCUUAAUUCAGUAUUCUUACUAUACCCAAGGCUUUUUGUAAGCUAUAGUUUUAUGUACAAUCUUGUACAGUUUUUUUGACAUACAAUUCAGAAUCUUGUUUAUUCUCUUGGACUUUGUUCUGGCCAAUACGUUUUUUUUAAAUCUUUAAGAAAAACUGUGAUUGUUUUAGUGGGUAUUUUUCUAAGUAAAUGAAAACUUGUAUAAUGGUAUUUUAGAGAGUGCCAGAUAAGUGCAUGCUUCAAGUUAACUCUUUUCCUCAUCACUUGUACGUUUAUACACAGCAUGAGACUUUAAUAAAACCAUCCUGGCAAGCUAAA